AUGUCUAGGUCCAUCGUCAACACCACUCCCUACCCGUUUCACUUCGACGCAAGCAAUGGUCCGACCAUCGAUAGAAGCGACAAGAAAGCAAUACUGAAACUAGAUAAUUGUCGUGGAGGGAUUCCGUCCCUCCAGGCAACCAAGAUUCGAGCCAUGAUGCAAGAGGCGCACGAAGACCCUUCCAAGAUCCUUGCUCACGUAUGCAGCUACGAUGCCUUGAGUUCAAGACUUUGUGAAGAGGCUGGCUUCCCUCUGGUCUUCCUGGCUGGGUAUGCCAUGGCUUCUGCUUUUGGCCUCCCAGAUACUGGAUACAUAGCUUUCCAGGAAGUUGCUGCAAAGGUUCAGGAAGUUGUCAGAGAAGUCAAAGUUCCCGUCCUUGUGGAUGGUGAUACUGGAUACGGCGGCCCGAUGAAUGUGAAGAGGACCGUUGAGGGAUUUGCGGCCGCAGGAGCUGCUGGCAUCAUGAUAGAGGACCAGUCUUGGCCUAAAAGAUGCGGCCACACUGCUGGCAAGAGCGUGGUCUCUAGAAGCGAGGCUUACGCCCGAUGGCAGGCCGCAGUUGAUGCCAGAGACGAAGGGGUGGACAUGUGGAUCAUGGCUCGGACCGAUAGUCUCAUCCACGGAUACGACGAAGCUCUCACCAGAGCUCGGAAGGCGAUUGAGAUUGGAGUGGAUGCCGUCUUUGUUGAGGCGCUCCCCGAUCGCGAGACCAUGGAACGCCUGAGAAACGAUCUCGACUUCCCUGUCUUUGCCAACAUCAUUGAGGGUGGUAAGACGGAGAACUUGUCUGCGCAAGACCUGGGCAAGCUCGGGUACUGCGGAGUUGCAUACCCGUGGACUUUGGUUGCCGCAAAAUUGAAGAGUAUUCGCGAGGCUUUAGAGGCGUUGAAAGGUUCCUUCCUCGUGGGAAAGCCCCCGACGAUUCUGUCCUACGCUGAGGUUUGCGAGGGGGUCGGUUUCAACAAGUACUUCAAGCUUGAGGAGCGCUACCAAUAUGAGGGGCGCACGAAUGGAGCAAAUGGCCACCAGUGGAAGGAAUGA